AGAAUUUAUUUGACCCUCAGUAACAUUAUUUGUUUAUACUUACAAUAAGAUCAUAUAAGAAAAUAUAUAUGACCAUUUAAUUAUAUCACAUGAUACAGGUACCCAAACACAUACAUGUUUUCCUACAAUUAGUAGGUUAUUCAAGUCAGAGAUAUUUAACGGUAAACCAGAUGCAUAAGCAACGUAAUUUCUUUUCCUGUAAAAUUGAACAGGAAGCACAUGGUAACAAAUAAAUAAAUAUUGUUACGACAAAUGUCACUCUCAUGCACUUUCUGAUAUUGAAGUACAAGAUAAGAUUGUACCACUGCAAGAGGACAAAAAGAGAAGACUUCUGAAUAGUUUCCUCUUAGAAAAGAGCGGUAAAAGAGGUAUUAAAGAACAGAAGGAACACAAACAUGGAGGAAGAUGAUUACUAUGCAUUUCUUAGCAACAAUACUUUUGAUGAAAGCUAUUCAUAUGAAACCUUUUUGAGAUUCAAGCGAAUUUUUCUUGUCUGCAUGUAUUUAUUUGCUUGCAUCUUUGGAGUGACAGGAAAUUCUUUGGUUAUCAUUAUUCUGGUUUUUUACAAAAAAGUGAAAAUGCUUACAGACAUAUUUUUAGUGAGCCUGGCUAUUGCUGAUUUUAGCUUCCUUUGCACACUGCCUUUUUGGGCUUAUUCUGCUGCAGAAGAGUGGAUCUUUUACACUCUCCCAUGUAAAAUCAUCCUUGGUUUUUACACCCUGAAUCUGUAUGGUUCCAUGUUAACACUCACUUCUAUUACUAUUGACAGAUAUUUUGUAAUUGUGCAAGCGACCAAAACUCGUAUCAGUCAACACAAAAGAAAAUUCUGGGGUAUUGUGGUCUGUAUUUUGAUUUGGAUAAUCUCUCUGCUGCUUGCUUUGCCACAGUUCAUCUUCAGUACAGAGGAAAAAUUAGACAAAAAGAUAUGUUUUGCAAAUUAUUCUUCAAAGUUUAUGGAGUUGUUCACAGAAACAAUUCAGAUGACACUUGGAUUCUUCUGUCCUAUGCUCAUCAUGAUUACAUGCUACUCAAUCAUUGUAAAAACUUUACUCAGUGCUAAGGGCUUCCACAAGCACAAAUCCUUACAAAUAAUAUUCGCUAUUAUUGUUACUUUCAUUUUGACACAAAUGCCCUACAAUCUUUUGAAACUCAUACGGGCCUCAGACCGUAAUAUCAUGCUCAGCUACAGGUUUCAAUAUGCUUUGAUCAUCACAGAAGCAAUUGCUUAUUUCCAUGGUUGCCUCAACCCACUUCUCUAUGUCUUUAUCGGUGUGAAGUUUAGAAAGAACUUAGCAAAAGUUCUAAAAAAUAAUUGUUGUGUUAAACAUCAAGUUACAAGACAAUGGCAAACAAAUGAUGAAAAUGUCUCCAAAAGUGAUACUGCCACAAAUAAUGCAGAAGAAACCAGCAUGGUCCCCUUAUAAGAGACCUGGGACAUACACUCAUGAAUAUCUUCAGGCUGAUUUCAGUCCUAGUUGCCCUGAGCACUCAUGAAAACAAAUAGUAUAUAUGGCACAUUUCUCAAUAUACCUAUUGUCAGAUCCCUAUCGUGAUACUGCCAUUCAAGUGGGGAAGGGACCCUGAAUUCUUUUACUCACUUAUUGCUCUCAUACUGUUUUCCUGUAUGUCCUGUAAUUCCCUAGUUUAUAACUUUUACCAUGUGACCUAUUCUGCCCUGGGUUUUGAUUUACCUUGGAGGAUGUAUAAGGGGGAGGACCAUCUGUUUUCUCUGUUUGGAAGCCUCAGAGAAGCACAUGGAAACGACUCAUCUCUUUCUCAGGAUGACCCGUUUCUACAACAUCUUCACACCUGUGGAUUGGCUCAUUCAACAUCAAAUUGAGAGGAGGGGUUUCUAACCAUUUUAUCCUAACGGAAUUGCCUGGGGGAAACUCAGACCCUGCUUUGCAUUGUCUUGCAUUCACUUCCUUUCAAUAAAAGUUUUCUUUUGAA